CGGCAAAAGGUCUUGUUUUCUUCUGAGUCUCCAAGCGAAUUAAACAUAUUAGAAACUAGUGAAAAUGCUGUCCAAAGUGUUUUGCAUGGGACUGAACACCUAUGGUUUGGUUAUUGGCUGGCUGGGAGUGGUUUGCUCCAUCCUGGAGGUGAUCCCUUUAUUCGUAGUCGUGGGACUCCUUGUUGGAGAUGACAAAAGUGUAGAUGAUGAAAAGCGCUCCAAUCUCGUUAUCGUCCUAAGUAUUGGCCUGCCAGUGGUGGUGAUCAAUCUUUUGAUAUCGGGCAUGCUGAUUAUGGGAACCGUUAAGAAACGCCAUCUGCUCCUGCUUCCCUGGCUGAUCUGGAGUGGAGUAUGUCUAGCCUUGAUCAGUCUCGCUGAUUUUUGCUACUGGGUGCUACUCCUUAGUUCUCCCUCCUUGGCUGCCCUUCCCAUCCUCCUGUUCUCUGUGGCUUUUUUCGUACUUCAAUGGUAUUUAUACAAUGGAAUCUACUCGCUAUAUCGGGAAAUCCAAGCCAAGAGACCAGAGUCCGUUGUUUUCGCCCGCCACACAGAAGCGCCUCCCGAAUAAAAGUCGUUGCAAAAAUAGGUGAAAUCAUAAUCGCAUAAUCAUAAUCGUUUUUAAGCAUACAUUUUCCAAAGAGUCCACAUUUGUAAUAAAACAACUUUUUAGAUUUUGUUUGUGGAAGAUA